UUGUCCAAAGCAGCGAUUGGUGUCCGCUCGGCUGGACGUGUUUAGCUGACGUCCUGCUCAUGGCGCCCACGGGGGGCUUUGCGCUGCUCUUUUUAUAUUUGGAGACUCCAAAAGAAUCCCGCUUCCCUUUCAUGUGCCGCCUCGGUCCAAUCAGACAGAAGGAGAGGCGGCCUGCGCGAGGCGUCAAUCACGCUCGCUGAGUGGCUGCAGCGCCUCGCGUCUGGUCCGCUGGAGCCGCAGAUCGCUCGAUCCUCCGCCGCCGCUGGAUGUGUACGGAGCCCGCGCGCUGUUCUCCACGGACGCUCGCAAAUAUCGCACCCUUUCUGGAUUGUUUUUCAUUUCUGAUGUUUCUCACUUGCUCUCCGAUGCAGAGAAAUGGGUAAACUUCAUUCCAAGCAUGCUGCUAUUUGUAAAGCGAGGGAGAGUCCUGAAGGCGAUAGUUUUGUAGUUAACGCGUGUUUGGCGAGGAAAGGACUGGAUGACUGGAUGGUUAAGCAGAAGUAUUACUGCUCGAGCUCUCGUGUAGACCAGCAGGACUGCCAGCAGAAAAAUACCUGCGGACUGUCUCCAAGGGACCCACUGGAUGAAGGUUAUGCUGAAGGUGUCAGUGACGAACAUUAUCGUUUGGAAGUGGCCCUUCCCCCUGAGAAGACCAACAGCUGUAGCGCAGAGGAGAGAAUGCAGGACACCGAAGGCUCUGCCACUGUUGGUCCACACAAACAAUUACAGUUUGAGGAGUUGGAGUGUGCCGUAUCAGUUGAAGAAGAUAACAGGCAGGAGUGGACUUUCACCCUCUACGACUUCGAUAACAAUGGCAAGGUCACACGAGAGGACAUCACCAGUCUACUGCACACCAUAUAUGAGGUGGUGGACGCGUCAGUGAAUCACUCCCCCAGCAGCAGUAAGACCCUCAGGGUGAAGCUCUCUGUUGCUCCGGACUCCAGCCAGAGGUGGAGGAACUGCACCCAGACCAAUGCAGACACUCCCCAUCCCAAGCAUAAGGGAGAAAAGUGCAUUGAGGACUCCAAGAUUUCAGAGAAAAAGUCAAGAGCCUUUCUUAGGCGUUACCAUGCUGAUCACCACAACCAGCAAGGUUGCCAGCGGCACUGUGUGGAUGAGAACUUGGAGAGAAGAAACCAUUACCUUGACCUGGCUGGCAUCGAAAACUACACAUCCCGUUUUGGAACAGCAGUUCCUGCCACAGAACCAGCAAAACCCAACCAUACCAAUCGUUCAUCCAAUCAGACCCGCUCACGUUCUCAGGAACCCGAGAAUGGCCACGCAUACUCCGCUCACCAUCGGCGCUCACAGACCAUCUCCACAGAUCCUCCUGCCAUCCUCUCCCGGCACACACACGCACUCCGUUCCCCCAAAACGCACCGCACGCCGCCCACACAGGCCUCUGCCGGUCGGGUGAUAAGAAGAGGAGUGCCCCCUCCCCCGGCGGCCUCCAACCAGACCCCUCCGCACCAAAGCUCGGGUCCGUACCGACGACACAAGCAGAGGCCUAAAGAUGGCCUGCACUAUCGAGCUCUUGGGCCAACAGUGACGUCCGGCCCAGUCGUGGAGAAAGAGCAUGUGAGGGAUCUGCCCAGUCUGGUGCUAUAUGAAGGAGGACUAGCUCAGGUGGUCCAGCGACAUGAGCAUCAUCAUCACCAUGAACAUCAUCAUCACUACCAUCACUUUUAUCAGUCCUGAAGAGUAAAACACAGAUGGGCUACAUAAAGGAUCUAAAUAAGAAGAACAACAAGGAACCUAACAAUUGAAUGAUCUUAAAUAUUCUUGCAUGGCCACACUGAGGCUGAGAAAGACACAAAGCAUCGUGUUCAUGCCAAAGUGGCAGACAAUGUGUACGCAUUUGUAUAUAUAUAUAUAUAUAAGUGUGUGUGAGGUUGUGUGGGUCGGUUUGAAUGUGUGCUGAUGUAUCCAGUCCUGUCUUUGGCAGCAGGAGAGGUUUACUUACUACGUAAGGGCUCUAUCUUUCCCUUUUCUCUCCUUUUUUUCCCCCUCUGUCACUCUGUCUGCCACCUUUGUUUUCUUUCUCUCCCUUUCUUAAAUCUAAUCUGAUAGGUCUAUUUGGUUGAAAAGGUGGUCAGCCCUGUUAAAUGAAGAAUCUUGAGUUGUCAAACCACUUUUGAAGGAAUACAAUUCCUUGGUUUUGUAACUUACAUUUUGUGUGUGCGCGCACAAACUGCGCAUCUAUGUGUGCCUAAGGUGUCUUUUUUUACACUUAUGCUUUUUUGUUUUUUUUUUUUCCACUGAAGACCACUUGAAAAGCACUUCUUGUGCCAUUGCAUUCGAGACACUUUAUCUAUGAAGAGCUUCUCUCUCCAAAACAACAGAUCUGAAUCGACACCUUUAAAAAUGCAAUACAGGACACAUGUACAUAAAAGAGCCAGUAAAGACGCUCAAACCGUCAAAAAGGACUUUGUUGAAGGACAGUAUGAGAACUACACUCUACCAAUCUACAUGAAGAAAACAGAGCAUCAUAAUCAGCUGCUACCUCUAGUAUUAUUAUGAUUAUCGGUAUUAUUGACAUAAUUUGUUAUUCAGAUUUUAUUUUUUAUUUGUCUGUCUGUUGUAAUAUGCCACCAAUCUGCAGUCAUGUCAAGAUGUAUCGGAUUUACAAAUCCAUUGUAAGCUUUAUUACCGAAACAUUUCUAUUCAUAUGUUUUUUGUUUCGUUUUUGGUGUUUUCCUGUCCCUGUAACUUUAAGCUAAUUGCAUUCUAAGACCACUAGGCUUCAGAGUUUAUAGUGUAAUUAUGUGUAUCGGACAGUAUGAAAUCUUAAAAUAAUCGUCUGAUGAUUGUAGAAUAAUGUUUUGAAGCUUGCAAAAAAAAAAAAAAAAAAAAAGUAAUUUAUUUGAAAAACAUAUUCCUGUCAGGUUUAUGGAAAGUCAAAAUGGGUCUAAUCAAAUGAUCGGAAUAUAGUUUAUAUUGUAUGACACAAUAUUAUAGCUGAGAUUAUUGUAUCUUUUGCUUGUUUACUUGUGGUUUCAACUUUUUCCUUCUUAUCAGUUCAGUCAUAAGACAAUUCAAGUUGUAAAGAGGAAAAGAAUCUGAGCUGCCAAGGAAAAAUAGUAUUUUUAUUUCUCAGGUUCAUUUCACGUUCAAGUCAUUGAUUUGACAAGACAAUGUUAUUGGUUUUGAAGGGAGCUGUGAACCACUGGAAUGAAGUUUUUUUGUUUUGUUUUGGUACAGAAUCACCAUUUUGAGUUUUUAAUUUCUUUCAGAAUCCAAGAAUAUGUCCUCAGACUGAAUUAGGAUCUUUUAGACAGUAUGUUAGUGCCUUUAGCUCGGUAUUGGCAGAAGCGAGGUAGGUAGUGAGAAAACAAGUCUGGUUUAAUAGGAGUUCAUCUGUUCCCAUGCAGCAGUUUAAAUAGUAUAUUAUGAAUCUAUUUUAGGUUCGAUUUAUCCCAAGUCACCUAGAGGGAGUGAGUGAGUGUGUACGGCAGCUGCCUCAUUCCUCAGGGGCAGGAUGACAGUAUUGCCGCCUAGAAGUCUCCAGUCCUCCCAUAACUCACCAAUACCCCACUGACAGAGAGUUAAUGAGUGCGUGUGUGUCUGAAACCAGCACUAAAGAAGAUUAUGAAACACAACAGCCUUCGUUCGAACUCAGCAAAGCAGGUGUGCGUUGAAGCUCGCAGCAGGUGUUUUAAUACUCCACCUUUGUGCGAUAUAAUCAUUCUUAUCUCUCUUUUUUGAUGAUUUCAUACACCGAAAAAAAGUAUUUAAAGCUACAAAAAUGUGCACUUGUACUUGCAAUUUUGGGCCCCGAUAUGGAGAGCAGUUAAAAUUGAGAAUUUUGUCCGUGAUGAGUUGAGUAGAUCAUGUUAUGUUGAGAGUGAGAUGGGAGCUGACUGUUCUGCUCAGGAGGAUGGGGGAAAUGUGAGAGCGGCACACUGUAAGAAACUCUGGAAAACCCACCUGCGGCUUUAGGGUGGUCUCCUCACAGCUAGUAAGUUAGCGACAUUGAACCUUUUUCUUAGUUUUGCUGUUGAAGGGUUGCCAUUUUAAAUGAUUCUGGCUUUUUCGUAAACAUGUAUUGCUGCUAAAACAAAAAACAAAAGAAACAAUCUAUAGCAUCAUAAGAAAUUUAAACCUGCCUCAUGUGCAAAACAUCUGAAUGAACAGCUAUUUCAUUACUGUCCCACAGUGUUCUUCUUUAUCUUUUAACGAAUCAUCUCACCGAAAUUGUUUAGAUAUUCGAUAGGUUCACUUGCCUGAUGGUUGUAAAUACAUCACGAGCGGAGAACUGUGGUGACAUGAGUACGUUAGACGGACACUAUUUAUCUGGAUGAAUGGCUGUUUUGUAUAGUGCCAUUUGUACUUACAACAUUUCUUGAUUUCUAUUGUGCUUUUGUUUAGCGUGAUUGAGCGAGUGUGUAGGACAACACUCAGGCUCACAGCAAAUGAUUCAUGGAGGUGCUUGUAUAUAAAUAACACGAUGUGGUAGCAUUUCAUGCCACACCCCAACCCUAGUCCAGAUCAUUUGUGACUUUUCCUAAUAAUUUUUCAUGCAUUUUUUUUUUUUGGUUUAGUUUAUAUAGAUGGAUGGAAAUAAUUGCUUUAUUUAUUUAAUAGCAAACCUGUGCCAAGAGAAAACCUUUCAUUAAAAGCUGAACUGUUGCUUACUGA